UUUUGUGUGUGUGUGUGUGUGUGUGUGCAAAAAUAUACAAACAACCACCACAACACGCACACCUUCACACCCACCUUCACACGUCUGUGCAGCGGCAAUGGAUGAAGGGGGAGCAAGCGGUGGGCGCCGGUCGCCUGUGUUGACAAUGAUGAUGGGCAGUGGUGGAGGGAUUGGCGGUGGCGGCAGUGGCAGCCACAACAGCAACAACGCCGGCAGCGGCAGCAGUGGUGGUGGCAUCAGCCACAGCAGAAGCAACAGCAGCGGCGGUGGCGUGGGUGGUUUGGGCAGUGGGCGAGGGGCCAAGGCGCGAUGGCGACAGAAGCGGUGGUGGUACAUGGUGCUUGGUGGCAUUGCGUGCUUCACGGUGCUCCGCCUCAUGUUUGCUAGCCCGUCGAGCGGUGGGCACGGCCGCAAGGCGGAGGUGGUGAAGAGCAAGCGGGAGACGGUGCCGUACUUUGACAACACCUUUGGUGAGGAGCUUGGUGUGCUGCCGAUUGAGGACGUGCACGAGCAAGGGCUGGCGCACUAUGGCGUGGUGGUGCUUGCGUAUCGGCCAAAGCCCAACAGCGGCGGCAACGAGGUGGAGAUGCUGCUGUCGAAGCGCAGCUCAGCCGUGCACAUGUGUCCGCGGCAGUGGUUGCUUGUGGGCGAGCAUGCGCAGCGCGAGGAGGAUGCCGUGACCAUGGCGUUACGUGGCUUGCGGGAAGAGCUGGGCAUCUUUGCGUCUGCAGACGACCUGACGCAUCUCUGCGACGUUCCUUUCCAGCACGAGUUCAGCGAUGGCAAGCGCGAGAACCAGAUGACGCACUUGGUCCUUGCCACCCUACCGUCCUUCCAGCACAUUGAUCUCGACGCAGAGACGAAGGAAGUCAAGUGGUUCUCUCCAGCCGAGAUCCUCGACAUGGCAAAGAAGCACCAGCUGUGUGGCGAGGCAUUAUCGGAUCUCGUCUUCAAGUUUGUCACCACCGCAUGCCAAAGACUACGCGAGGAGAAACAACUCGACUGCGGCAUUGAGAUUGAUGCUGGCGCCUUUGUGUGUCCCGAAUCGGAUCAACACGCGUGACGACGACGACGAUGAUGAUGAUGAUGAUGAUGAUGAU